ACUUUCUAUGUGUUCAUAGAAUCUUUCCUAUCCCAUGCAGACACAGAAGCGAUCAUGCCUUUCAUUGAUUUGGAAUCUAACUUGCCAGCGAGCAAAUUCUCUGAGGAGUUUUUGAAGAAAUUAUGCACUGCCACCGCCACAGCGCUUGGGAAACCGGAAGAAAGAAUGAAUAUCGUGGUUAAAGCGGGUCUACCGAUGCUUAUCGCCGGAUCCUGUUCGCCGUGCGUGAUGCUAUCCGUGUCCGCCAUCGGCGUGACUGACACAGCGGAGAAGAACAAGGAGCACAGUGCAAAGAUAUUUCAGUUCCUAACUGGGGAACUAGGCUUGAGCGAAGACCGGAUUGUGAUCAGAUUUUAUGCACUGGAACCAAUGCAGGUGGGCAAGAAGGGGACAGUGAUGAGUUUUCUGUGAGGUGAAGGCUGAUUUCAGUGGGAGUCACAUGGCUUGAAAAGGCCAUUCCUGGUUUGAUGACAAGAACUUGAGAAGCCCCCUUUAUAUCUUAUGGUCCUCCAUUUCAUUUCUGUAGUUUCGUAUUACAAGGACAGUCAACACUGACCGAAGUACAUUUUUAAAUGUUGGAUCAUGUUGAACUUUCAGUAUGGAAUUGGCCAUUUUAGCUAUAUAAUACAGCAUUACAAAAUCACAAUGUAACAUUUCUAAUGUAAUGAGGCAUACGUGAGAGUCCAAAGCAGAUUAGGAUAUCAGAAACAUUUCAAAUUGAUAUAAGUUUUAUAGUCUUUAAAAAUAAAAACAGCUGACUAAAAUUUGUGUUUCUGCUCUAUGUAAAAUAAACUAUGGCAGUUGUUCGUAUUACGCAUACACCCUUGUGCUAAAUCUAGUUUUGUCUAAAAGUAAAACUGUGAAGCUGAUAACUAAUCAUCUUAUUUUGAAGUUCGUGUGCAAGCUGCAUGUACAAUACAACACUCCAUGUUACAAAUGUGAA